CCAGCCCCCACCUUCCAGGCCCCCACCAACAAAAAUUGGAUUUAAACUUUGGGGGGCACAAUUACUUGGACAUUUUCUCAAGAGCAUUUCCCAGGGAACACACACCAAUGUUUUGUAACACUUAAUAUAUGUGUUAAAUUUAUGUUCAACUUAAAAAACGCUUAAUAUGUGUUUAUAAUCUGUACAAGUGCCUUCCUUGCAUGCUAUAAAUAUUGCAAUGACUUAGUUAUGUUUGCAGUGAUAUAUUGAAGGGGACAAAUGGACAAAUUGUAUUUUUCCUUCCCUCUUGGCCUGCACUCGUCCCAGCCCUCUCGCUGUAUCGGAUGAGGAAGAUGCUGAGCUGGGCUUUUAAGAGAUCAGUGUUAUUCAUGAAAACCCCCUGAGCACGCUAUACCAAUUUUUUAUCACCAGUAAAUCUCUCACAGGCGAUAAAAAUCUAGUAACAUUCUUGUGCUCCCUGAGGGAAACUGGGUCCCAGCUCGGAGCAGUCCAGGGGCUAUUCGUCCUCAGGGUGGAUGGAUGCUCACGAUAAAUAUACUGCUUGUGUGAACUCAGGGACUACAAAUUGUGCCUAUAAAUGUGUGUUGUUCCAGAUACAUGCCAUGCUGCCUCUGAACACCAUCACACACCAGGACUACGCCUCUCCUCCUUCAUCUCUCUCCAAAACUCACGUCUGGUUUUUGUUGUCUUGUUUGUGUUCUUUCCUCUCUUCCUUCCAGAAUGUAAAAUAGAAAACUGUGAGGCGUGUUUCAAUCGAAAUUUUUGCACAAAAUGUAAGGAGGGCUUGUAUUCUCACAGAGGACGGUGCUUCCUUCACUGCCCCGAGGGACUGAGCACCACCAACGGAACCAUGGAGUGUGUAGAGUGUGAGCAGGGAGAGUGGAGCGCGUGGGGGCCUUGUAUGAAGAAGGAAAAAACCUGUGGCUUCAAGAAGGGCACCCAGAGCCGUGUGAGAGAGCAGGCCCAGACGCCCAGCCCAGAGCCCCCCUCCACGCCCUCCACGCCCUCCUCCCUGCAGCCCUGCUCCCCCCCUACGGAGACACGGAGGUGUGUCGUCCAGAGGACAGCCUGUGGGAAGGGAGAGCGUAAGAAGAAAGGAGAGAGAAGUGGGGAGAAGAAGAAAGAGAAGGAGCCUGGCGGCCGGAAGGAAGGGGGGCAGGGUGAGAGGGAGGGGGCAAGAGGAGGGGGCAAGAAGAAGAAGGGGCAACACCGGGUUACCACAGCGCCCAGCCUCACCACCAGACCCAGUCCUGUGACCUAGCCGGUCGCCGUGGGGGGGGGGGGGGGGGGGGGGGGCGCAGGGGAACCACGAGGAGACUAAACCCCACCUGCGGCAGCCUGCGCUGGACCCAGUCAGGCUGAGGAAGGAGGAGGGGUGAUGCUGCUAUGCAUUCUGGGUGAUGCUCUGAGAGAACUGGAGGAUUGCUGCAAUAAACGACCCAACGGAACUGUCCAAGGAGAACGGGAGGAUGGAGGGAGGCGGAAGAAGACACGUCUGACCGGCAGAACGUGUUACGGCUGGACCUUCCUGAGGGGCAGUUUGGGGUCAGACGUUCUGCUAGGGGAGAACCGGGAGGUUCUACCGGGAGGUUCUACUGGGAGGGCUGAAAGGUACCAGGUCGACUGCUCUGAGUUUGACCCUUGACCUGCGAAUGAACUCUGACCCUGUGGGUGACCCUGUGGGUGACACUGAAGAGGAUCGAUUCAAGAUGGAAGCCUGAUCAUGAUUCAGAGGCUUGUGUAAUCCUUUAGAGCCCCUGGUCAGAUUACAUGUGGUUUGAAUCCGUUUCAUCCUGUUUUGUGUUCCCUGGCAUUUGUGAGAGAAAGCAGAAGUCUUCUGGGAGAGACGUAUUUGAUGUAGAGAAAAGAAACAGUAUUAAGAUUUAGUAUUCUCUAUUUGUGUUCUAUAAUGGAACUCUAGAAAGGCACUGGAACGAGUGGUUGUGGUUGUAAUGAAGGGAAAGAGUCUUCAAAUCAAUGUUUUUGUUUGUAGAGAACUGAGUCCAGAAUGAAAUCCAGAAAAGAUGUAGGGGUGGAUUUGUUGGAGCUCAGUUAAAGUCCUGACCCGAUGUUCGACCAAAGUUACCCAUUCGAUAGCUUAACUGUUUCAAAUGAAAUACAGUCGUUAUCUAAUAGACAAUCUUGUUCUGCCCACACAGCUGGGAAUGAAGCAUCUCUCUGUUGGUUUGUCAUGUCUGCAGUUCCCACAUUCUGAUCACAUAUAUGACUGUAUUUGUGUUCGUGUGCGUGUGUGUAUUGUACAGGUUUCUGCAUGGAAAGCUUGAUGUUGAUCUUGUAAGCUCACAUUCAGUUUGACUUCACAGAUUGAAAUAUGAAUAACAUGAGCAUAAUAUCAUGAUCUGGUGUUUAUACUUGGGCCGAGGUAUCAGUUUGUUAGAAGGAAAUUUGAGAGGAACUUUAUCAGAUUCCACAAUAAGGGCACAGUGACAUACUGAGAUUCAAUAAGCAAUAAUCCUUAAACCUCUCAUGAUGUCGACCACACAUACAACUGCUCAGUAAUCGUUCAUGUUUGCUACAGGGCCUGAAAUGUUGCACACUUCCCGUUUGUAAGACACCAUUUUAUCAAUCUAGAUUAGAAAAAUCAACGUCAAUCAUUUAUACAAAUAAUGCUACGUCUGGUUUCAGCUACAUGACAACCUCUCAUACACGUCUGUCUGGUUCUGCACACAAGUCUGUUUGUUUCACACAACAUAUUAUCCUUGAGAGAAGGUAUACGCAACAUAUGCAUUCAUAUUGUGGAUUGUGAUACUCAACUGAUCAGUUCAUCAUCAUUCAUAAUGAUUAUUAGUAUCAGAUUGUAUUACUUCUGUGAAAGCUGAAAUAAAACUCUGAUGAAAACAACAUUGAACAGCUCCUGUUGUUGAUGAUGUGAAGUCUCCCUCCAGUAUUGUCACUAAACUUCAAAUUCCUUCUGUCUGUGAUUGUUGUGAGAACAUCUACAGAGACUACAUGCAACUGAAGAACUCUAACAAAAAGAGAAGGGCUUCUUCCUCCAAGGCAGUCCUGAAUUACAGUACUGUGUAUGUUUGUGAGUGAGUGAGUGUGUUUGUGAGUGUGUUUGUGUGUGUGAGUGUGUGUGAGUUUAGUGCGUGUGUGUGUGUUUAAAUGUGUGUGAAGUGGUUGUGGGGAGGUGUUUGAAGAGAGUGGUUGUGAACAUCUAUCACUGCAAAGGUCCAAAAAAACAGAGACAGAAAUAAAAGCAAAUGGCGUGUCCCAGUGAGUGGGAGAUGCCGACAUGGACCUAACUGGAAAACACAAACAGACGUUUCUCAUCGUACAGCAGACUGUAAAUAACACCUUUCAUCUUCCUGACAAAAAAUUCUUAGACAGCGCUCUCCAUCUCUUCUCCUCCCACCCUCUCCUACUUUCCCCUGUUAACCAGGCUGACUGGUAACCAUGCUGACUGGUAACCAGGCUGACUGGUAACCAGGCUGACUGGUAACCAGGCUGAUGGUAACCAUGCUGACUGGUAACCAGGCUGACUGGUAACCAGGCUGACUGGUAACCAUGCUGACUGGUAACCAUGCUGACUGGUAACUGACUGGUAACCAGGCUGACUGUUAACCAGGCUGACUGGUAACCAGGCUGACCGUUAACCAGGCUGACUGGUAACCAUGCUGACUGGUAACCAGGCUGACUGGUAACCAGGCUGACUGUUAACCAGGCUGACUGGUAACCAUGCUGACUGGUAACCAUGCUGACUGGUAACUGACUGGUAACCAGGCUGACUGGUAACCAGGCUGACUGGUAACCAUGCUGACUGGUAACUGACUGGUAACCAUGCUGACUGGUAACCAUGCUGACUGGUAACUGACUGGUAACCAUGCUGACUGGUAACCAUGCUGACUAGUAACCAGACUGACUGAGGGAGAGCCACCCAGCACGAUCAUCGCUCUGGAACGUUUCAUCAUUUAGAAGAGGACAAAGUUGUGUUUGUGUGUCUAACCCUAACCCUAACCCUAUCCAAACUUCGGGUACCUCAUAAGAAGUUAUGGCCCUGGUCUUAACACACUCGUCAAAAUAUAGAUGAUUGUGAUUACUGAAUCGUAAAAAAAAGCUAACGUCAUAUACUUUAUAGGAUCCUAACUCAGAUGGUGUGAAGAACCACUCUGGAUCCCAGACACUUUCCCGGUUGAAUUCCAACAGCGUCCAUUACACUUUUACCCCCACAGUGCAUUACCCUAC